AACAGACAGAGAAUCGUGAAUGUCGAACUUAUAACGACCCUCACUUUAGCACAUUUGACGGAAAGUAUUACCCUUUUUUACACCACGGUGACUACGUGCUGUUCCAAGAUAAUGACCACCACACCGAGGUGCACACGCACCUUUGGACGUGCUGGGAUAGUAGCGCCUCCUGUAACUGCGGAGUAGCAAUACGGGAAAGAAAUGACGUGAUGAUUCUGUCAAUCUGCAACUCCCAAUUGCAACACCAAGCCAAUGCUACCAUGCCAAUGACCGUCCGUGUACCAAGCGGACAUCUACCAAACGGAACACACAUUUACAGGCAGAUCUCUGGCAGCCAAGUAACGCAUACUGUACUUCUCCCUUCUGGCACGAAGGUCGAGGUCAUAAGGUUGGACUGGGGAAUGAAUAUCAAAGUGAAUGCUUUCAAGAACUCAAACAGCAUUCGCGGACUCUGUGGAAACAUGAAUGGUGACUCAAACGACCAGUUUCAACACGGAGGCGAUGGCCAUUCACAUGCGGAUGCGACAAGAUUUGGACUAAGUUGGAGGUAGUGUUACAGAUCUCAGAGAUAUUGAUGCUUGUGAACUUUCCUAUAGUAUUUGUACCAAGAGACAAUGGUAUACUCAACUUAUUUUGCGCACAAAGUUUUUAGUUUUACCUGGGCCAUUGUAGUAAUAUAAUAUUCUGUCAAUAUGUCAGGCGGAUGAUCAAAAGUACCAAAAUGAUUCAGAUGGGAUUCUCAAGCUGGCUUGCACCUUUUCCUAAAUGACUGAUUGUUGAGUGGCUUACGGAAAACUCAUGAAACAUUUUUUUUUCGGAAACACUGCUAUUUACGCACUCCCGAAAAAAGUUUAUCAGGUUUUUUCAAUGUUCUAGCUCCAAACCUUUUUGCUCUAAAAGCUAAAGUAUCACUUGGAAGUCCAUCAAAUGGUCUGUUAGCGGGCACAUCUAUAUGUGUUUGUGUGCGUGCGUGCGUGCGCGUGCGCGUGUGCGUGUGUGUUUCGAAUAUAUUGUAUGUGAAAUCUUCAACCCAGCCCCACCGUUACGCAUGGGAGAUAUCUUGAAUAUCUGGAAUGGACUUUUUAAUCGUCUAUUCUCUUGUACAACGUUAAUGGGAUCGACUGUAUGUGCCUAGAAGCAACCGCAUGAAAGCUACUUCCAUAUUCUGCCGUCCAACCAUCUCCCAGACCAGAUCAUGGAGAAAACGUUCUGUGCAUGCGGAGAAACUAGAGUGGAGGAUUGUAAACCACUCUUGGAAAUCAUCUACCCACAGAACCCCCCAGGGGUGGAGGUACCUCCAGAGCAGUUUAAAGGGCAGGGUGAGACGUACAGUGAUUUCAGCAUGGACCAGCAGGACGCUGACUAUUUCACAGACGAACACAAUGAACGAUACGCUAAGAGCAGGAUCCGAGCCAGACGAAGUAUCGAGAUGGAUAGGAUGACAAGACAAAAUGCGACACGCCUCUGCAAAACACUCAUCGAAGACACUGUCGUCGGAAAGAGUUGCAGUGCUUUGCCGAAUGUGGAUGCCGCCUCGACUUUGCAGAGCUGCAUUUUUGAUCUCAUGGUAACAGGAAAUGCCGGUUUCGCUGUGUCGGCCCUGGAAUCAUUGAAGAGCGGCUGCCAAGACGAGGCUUACAACAACCUGACGCUCUACACCAAGGAUGCUGAGGGCAACCCAUCGGAACCCCCCGCAGAUAUCGUAGAAAACCUUUGCCCUAACGAGUGCAGUAACCAUGGAAACUGCUCAAACAGCACUUGUAUCUGCGAAGAAGGUUUCACAUCACUAGACUGCUCCUUGUCAAUCAAUACAGUACCAGAACUUCUAGGGUGUAUGGCAACAACUGGACACCAAACUCAUCACCACACGAGCUACAAGGCGAACAGUUUGACUUAUUUGGGGUCAAAUGCAGCCUUCCGGACCCUCCAACGAAGAUAGGGGACUACGACAAUCCCGGGACCCCCGCGGGAGGACUGUACAUUUGGAUCUCCAACAACAAGAUCGACGCAAGUCAGCAAAAGAUGAGGUUUAUAUCGUACGACUCCGUCUGUACGAGGUGCAGCAAGACAGGCACUUGUGUCCUCAGGCAUGACUCCUGCUUGAUCAAUGGCCACUGUUUUGCGCAAAACGAUGCCAAACCUAACGAGUGGUGUCGUCAAUGCCAGCCAGAUACCAGCCAAUUUAAAUGGAGUCGGCGUAAAGUUAAUUCCCCGCCUGUUUUCACCACACUUCCAGUUCAAUUCGCAUUAGUUGGAGAGAUGUUAUCGCUUCAGAUUGAAGCUCUGGAUCCAGAUAACCGUCCCGUUACGUACUCCCUUGCCAACACCGACGCGCAGGGCUACGUGUUCACGCCAGAUGGACAACUGAACAUCACAAUGACAACCUCCGACAGCAAGACGUUCAAAUUCGUAGCCACCGAUGAGUGCAACGCCAGCGAUACAACGACAGUUACUGUAAAGGCGAUGGAGUGCCCGUGCCAACACGGGGGAACAUGCCAUCCCCACCCCUACCACCCACGGGGAUCUGGCCAGUACGAGUGCGCCUGCCCUGCGGGAUUCAACGGAAGCCGAUGUGAAAGUGACAUUGAUGAUUGCCA